CACCGGGGGCAGAACCGGGACUAGCACCACCGGGGGCGGGACCGGGACCGUCACCGGGGGCCGGGCUCCUUCCGGCGGCGGCGGCGGAAGAGGCGGCGGCGGCGGCGGCGGCGGCGGCGGGGCCAUGUCGGACCCGCGGAGACCCGGCAAAGUGACCAGGUACAAACCGCCGGUAACCGAGAGCAACCCGGCGCUGGAGGAUCCGACCCCCGACUACAUGAACCUGCUCGGGAUGGUGUUCAGCAUGUGCGGGCUGAUGCUGAAACUGAAGUGGUGCGCCUGGCUCGCCGUGUUCUGCUCCUUCAUCAGCUUCGCCAACUCGCGCAGCUCCGAGGACACCAAGCAGAUGAUGAGCAGCUUCAUGCUCUCCAUCUCGGCCGUGGUCAUGUCGUACCUGCAGAACCCCCAGCCCAUGUCCCCCCCCUGGUGACGCCGAUUUUGGGGCGAUUUUGGGGCGAUUUUGGGGAGAUUUUGGGGAGAUUUUGGGGCGAUUUUGGGGAGAUUUUGGGGAGGGGUCUCCGUGGUGGUGGUGGUGGGUUUGGGGGGGCAAUAAACCCCCCCCAGUGAUGGGGGUAAUAAAAUGUGGGGAGGGGUC